AUGGCUUCCGUGGCGUCACUCACAUGUCAUCCCCGGACUACGGCACGGGAGAGGGGGUAGGAGGGCCCUUGAAAAGGGUGCGCGUUCCCGUGGCGGUGCACCGGGUAGGUUUCAGUCAGAGUCACUAUGGCGGCCGGCGCUGGCAAGGUCGGAAAGUUUCCUGCCUCGCCGGGCACAGCCUGAGCUCGCCGCGCUGGCCGCGAGUGGCGGAGGCUGCGGCGGACACCACCCGGGGCCUCCAGGCCUCUCCCUCCCUCGCCCUCCGGGCCGGCUCCUCCCCCACCUCCCCGUCCUCCGGGAGCCGCGGCUCGUCGACCCUGAGAUGCGACCCUCCCGGGGCCGGCGCUGAGGGGAGGCGGCCCGCGUGCUGAGCCGCGGAGCCCCGGCGUCCGGGAGCCAACUUCCCGCCGGCCCGGCUGCAGCCGCGCCUCGCUCGGUCCUCACCGGCUCGUCCAGCUGGGUCCCCACCCUGGUCGCGGGGACACCCACCAGGUGCCCGGGAGUCGUCGCCCGCCCGCGCCGCUGCCGACCCCCACGCCUUCGUGCCGGGCCGGGGAUCCGCGGUUCACUCCGGGGCGGCCUCCGCGCUGCGGGGCCAUGCAGACUGCCCCGCGGGCCCCUUAGGUUCCCUCCACGGCCUGACGCCUCUCCGCCCCCCAUCCCCGGGGACCCUCGAGGAUCGGCGGUGGCUGCCCGGAGGCGCGCGGCGACCCCCAUCCUCGGGCCCCCGAAGGACCCUGCCGGCCGCACCGAGCCGACCACCCUCUUCAUGCUGCAGUACUGCGACGUUUCCGCCACCCAGGGGGAGAAGCGGCCUGGAGCUCCUGCAAAACCCGAGAGUCGGGGUGUGACUCAUCUGCCCGGAUCCCUCCAGUCCUCAAACUGUCUUCCAGGAGUUUUGGUGGCCCGAGCCGCCCCAUGUGUGAGCCUUUUCUUCCCGGGGAAGAUGGACUGAAAGCUGCCACUUGGGGACUUUUGGGGGCCAGGGUGCUGCUGCUGCUGCCGUCGCCGUGUUUGAGAGGUGGUGAUGGGGCUUGCGCUGGCUUGUCUUCCCACCCAAGUGAAGAGUUGUUGAUGUUCACUGGUGAUGCGUAGACAAUGUACAGUUUGUUUUAAUUUCAAAUUCUGGGGGGGCUUAGGGGUCUAGGCUUGGGAAGAGCAAUCCGAACCUGGAGGAACUCCUCAUUGUACCUGGUAGGAGAGACACCCCCAGUCUGUCCUCGAUGCCGUCAGCCUUGGCCAUCUUUACUUGCCGCCCGAACUCGCACCCGUUUCAGGAGCGCCAUGUCUACCUGGACGAGCCCAUCAAAAUUGGUCGCUCGGUGGCACGUUGUCGACCGGCGCAGAAUAAUGCCACCUUCGAUUGCAAAGUGCUGUCAAGGAACCACGCUCUCGUCUGGUUUGAUCACAAGACCAACAAGUUUUAUCUCCAAGACACUAAAAGUAGUAAUGGUACUUUUAUAAAUAGCCAGAGAUUGAGUCGAGGCUCUGAAGAAAGUCCACCAUGUGAAAUUCUUUCCGGUGACAUUAUCCAGUUUGGGGUAGAUGUGACAGAAAACACACGGAAAGUUACUCAUGGGUGUAUUGUUUCCACGAUAAAACUUUUUCUACCAGAUGGUAUGGAAGCCCGGCUCCGCUCAGACGUCAUCCAUGCCCCAUUACCAAGUCCUGUUGACAAAGUUGCUGCUAACACUCCCAGUAUGUACUCUCAGGAACUAUUCCAACUUUCUCAGUAUCUACAGGAGGCCUUACAUCGGGAACAGAUGUUGGAACAGAAGUUAGCCACGCUUCAGCGGCUACUAGCCAUCACCCAAGAGGCUUCAGAUACCAGUUGGCAGGCUUUAAUAGAUGAAGAUAGACUCUUAUCACGGUUAGAAGUUAUGGGAAACCAAUUACAGGCAUGCUCCAAAAAUCAAACAGAAGAUAGUUUACGGAAGGAACUUAUAGCAUUACAAGAAGAUAAACACAACUAUGAGACAACAGCCAAAGAGUCCCUGAGGCGGGUUCUUCAGGAGAAAAUUGAAGUCGUUAGAAAACUUUCAGAAGUUGAGCGAAGUCUGAGUAAUACUGAAGAUGAAUGUACCCACCUAAAAGAAAUGAAUGAACGGACUCAGGAAGAAUUAAGAGAAUUAGCCAAUAAAUAUAAUGGAGCAGUUAAUGAGAUUAAAGAUUUAUCUGAUAAAUUAAAGGUGGCAGAAGGAAAACAAGAAGAAAUCCAACAGAAAGGACAAGCUGAGAAGAAAGAACUGCAACAUAAAAUAGAUGAAAUGGAAGAAAAAGAACAGGAGCUCCAGGCCAAAAUAGAAGCUUUGCAAGCUGAUAAUGAUUUCACCAAUGAAAGGCUCACAGCUUUACAAGUACGGUUAGAGCAUCUUCAGGAGAAAACUCUUAAAGAAUGCAGCAGCUUAGGGAUACAAGUUGAUGACUUCUUACCUAAAAUAAAUGGGAGCACAGAAAAAGAGCACUUGCUUUCAAAGAGUGGCGGGGACUGCACUUUUAUUCAUCAUUUCAUAGAAUGCCAGAAGAAGCUGAUCGUCGAGGGGCAUCUAACCAAAGUGGUAGAAGAAACAAAGCUUUCAAAAGUAGAAAACCAGGCGAGAGCAAAGGAAUCAGACUUAUCAGAUACUCUGAGUCCAAGCAAGGAAAAGAGCAGUGACGACACAACGGAUGCCCAGAUGGAUGAGCAAGAUCUAAAUGAACCUCUUGCUAAAGUGUCUCUACUAAAAGAUGACUUACAGGGGGCACAGUCAGAAAUUGAGGCAAAACAAGAAAUUCAGCAUCUUCGCAAGGAAUUGAUUGAAGCCCAGGAGCUAGCUAGAACAAGUAAACAAAAAUGCUUUGAACUUCAAGCUCUUUUGGAUGAAGAAAGAAAAGCCUAUCGAAAUCAAGUUGAGGAAUCCGCUAAACAAAUACAGGUUCUUCAAGCCCAACUGCAGAGGUUACACAUCGAUAUUGAGAAUCUCCGAGAGGAGAAGGAUGAUGAAAUCACAAGCACUAGAGAUGAAUUGCUGAGUGCACAAGAUGAAAUUUUGCUCCUUCAUCAAGCAGCAGCAAAGGCUGCCUCUGACAGAGACAAUGACAUUGUUUCUUUACAAGAAGAGCUUAAGAAGGUGCGAAAUGAACUUGAGCAGUGGCGGAAAGCAGCAUCUGAAUAUGAGAAAGAAAUCGCCAGUCUGCAAAACAGUUUUCAAGUCAAAUGUCAACAGUGUGAGGACCAGCAGAGAGAAGAAGCCACAAAGUUGCAAGGUGAACUAGAGAAGCUGAGAGAGGAAUGGAAUGUAUUGGAAACCGAAUGCCAUUCUCUAAAAGAGCAAAAUGUUUUGCUGUCAUCAGAACUGCAGCGUCAAGAAAAAGAAUUGCACAAUUCUCAAAAGCAGAGUUUAGAGCUCACAAGUGAUCUCAGCAUCCUUCAGAUGACCAGGAAAGAGCUUGAGAACCAAGUGGGAUCCUUGAAAGAACAACAUCUUCGAGACUCGGCUGAUUUAAAGACUCUUCUCUGUAAGGCUGAAAACCAAGCAAAGGAUGUACAGAAAGAGUAUGAAAAGACACAGACUGUACUCUCAGAACUGAAGUUGAAGUUUGAAAUGACUGAGCAGGAAAAGCAAUCAAUCACAGAUGAGCUCAAACAAUGUAAAGACAACCUGAAGCUGCUCCGAGAGAAAGGAAAUAAUCCUUCCAUAUUACAACCCGUCCCAGCCGUAUUCAUCGGCCUAUUCCUGGCUUUCCUGUUUUGGUGUUUCGGUCCAUUGUGGUAGAGAAAGAAACCCUGGCCCUGGAUGCCCAUGUUGGCUGCCCUGGUUGCGGUGACAGCCAUCGUGCUGUAUGUGCCAGGUCUUGCCAGAGCUUCUCCGUGAGAGUGUUCCUUGAGUCUGUACACCGCCCGCCCUCUAGAAGCUGGCAUCACACUCAUGCUGGAGACAAACAGAACCAUUUUCUUCCUUUUUACCUCUUAAAUCAGCAAAGUGCAAGAAUACAGCUAUAGGGUCAUUGCUUUAAAUUAUAUAAAGUGUAUCUGUCUAUAGAGAGGAUAUAAAAGUGUGACUUUAUUCUACUGUAAGCAAUAAUUUGCUUGUAAUUUUUCAUGUAAUUUUUAAAUUAGUAUGUUGAGAUUCUGAAUAUUAUGGUGGCCUAAAGUAGGCUUCUUGGUACACCAAAUUAUUUAUACCAUUAAAUUUAUGGGUAUUUUACUCUGAAUUCUGAUGGCCAGAUAAUUCAUUUUUCUGAUUUGAUAACUACCCAAACCAAACAAGCAACAUAUACAUGGGAAGAGAGGCCCUGUGUGCUCAGUGCCUAUCAGUUUGAAAUGUAUACACAUAUAUAUAGAUAUAUUUUUUACAUAUUUACGCCAUUUUUACUUGUUAUAAAACCACUGAGCUAUUGGGAACAAGAUUUAGAGACAACUAUUUGUGUGAAUUUUUUUUUUAAGGAAAAAUACAUUUGGAUAAUAUUCUGUUAUAGUGAUAAUUUGGGGAAUAUGUGCACAUUUGUUCAGCCUUAAUGUGACUUGAAGAUGUAGAGGACAUCAACUUAGAAAAACUUUCCAUGAGAGUGUGUAUUUUCUUGAGCAAACUGAAGUAUUUUGGGAGCAAAAACAGUAAUUACACAAUUUCAGUGCAGUCAACCAAACUGUUGAGUCAAUUGGAAUGUAAUUUAUUAAACCUCAUGUAUUUAAAGAGAUAUUUUCUUUGAAAGCCAAGUUACUUUCUCAUAUACAACAUUUUAGAAAGCAUGAUUUUUUUUUCUGUCAUCUUUUCCUCCAAGCAUGUUUAAUUGAAGAAAGAUUUAUAUCUUUUUAGAUAAGCUUUUAUUGACUUAAUUUGGUUAUGAUGUUUCCGAACUAAUUCACAUCAAGGUGAGCUCUUGUUACCUACCCACAGAUUUCCGGUCAGGUAUGCAAAUGGUUAUUUUCUUUUGUUCUUGUUAAUUGGGACUUUAUGUUAAUUAGAAGCACUGUUCCCAAGAUUGGUAGUGUUCCAAUCACAGUGAAGCACCUAAACACUGCUUGAUAUUAUAAAUUUUAAAACACAGAAGUGAAAGCUUAGCUAUGGUUAUGUGCAGCACCAUAGUUAUGUCAGUAAAGUUUAUUUAGGUCAAAGAAUGUCCUAAGGCAUCGGUAAAGACUGGGGGGGAAAGUCAGUGAUUUGGAUUCAAUGUUCUGUGGAAAUACAUAGAUCUAGGCAGAUGAUGAAAUGGGAGUUUAGGGUAUAAUUUGCCUUGUGAUGUUUGCCAGUCAUUGUUUAUAUUUUAAAAGUUAUGUUUUUAAGCUACUUGGGAUUGCUGUUGGGAGGAUCACUAGGUUUAUGGAGGAAUUAGUCACAAAUGACUUAUAGAAAAUACUGUCAUAUAGUUGAUUUCAUCAUUUUCUGUUGCAGGAAGCCACUCCACCACAGAAUGCUAAUAUGCCAGUGGUACCCAGUACCUCUUGUAUAUAGGUUAUUGCAAAUAUUGUUCUGAAAUGCUUAACUUCAAAAUUACAUUUUUUAAAGUAAAUAAUUGUUUGAAAUCUAUUUUGUAAAGAUAUAAAGUACAAUAGAAUUUCUGGAGUACAGAUUAAACUAUUUGCACUAACACACGUGAUGUGCAUGAUUUAAUAAAAUAACUUUACUCUCCCUAUG